GUCGCCAAGGAGGAGUCUCCAGAGAUCUUGAGCCCAAAGAGGCCAAAAGUUGGACCAGCGCCCGUGGAGCUCGAUCCAGACGUGUCCAACGAAGCGAUUGCCAGGCAGCUGAAGGAGCUGGCAGAGGCAUAUUCUGUGCGGGGCGACCGAUGGCGCAGCUGGCAACUGGCCAAGGCCGAGCGUUUGGUCCGUACGUGGCCCGAGCCGCUGCGCACACCGGAGGACUUUGAUCGCAUCGCUGGGCUUGGGCCGAAGACCCGUGACAAGUGCCGGGAGAUCUUGGCCACCGGGGUGCUUACCCGACUUGAUGCGGUCCGAGGUGACGAGAUGACCCAGAUUCUUCAGGACUUCACCUGCAUCCACGGCGCAGGAGAGUCCGUGGCACGCAGGUGGCUUGCAGCCGGCUGCAGAAGCUUCGAUGACCUUCGCCAACGAGAGGACGAGCUGGGCCUCACAAGAACGCAAAG